AACAUUCUCAAACAUCCGCUAUGUUCCUUCCCACUAUUCUGUGAAUCUCCAUUUCUCCACCCGUCACGGUUCGUUUGUUUUCCUCGCGACGCGGAGGAGAGCGUAUUCAUACGCGCAAGUAGGUGGAGAAAAUAAAAAGUGAACGAUAUUGACUAUAAGCGACAGCCAACACAGUGGGAAAGUGGCACCAGUUGGCAUUCCCAAAGACCGUCGUUUGAUCUGCUUUUCAUAGCUGUCCCCAUAGAGGGCUGUUACUGAGGGAGGUGUCCUCCUAGUUGGUGACGGUUACAGUAGGCGACACGGAGCCUGUACGUUGUCCUGGCCAGGAUGCAGGAAGUGUGUCUGGACUGAUAUUUUAAUCUGAUUUGAAUGAAGACCAAACGCGUGCUGCACUAACUGAGGGGUUGUCGUAGCAACUAUCUGAGAUGGAUUUUUUUCCCAAGACUCAAUAAGGUUGGAUUUCAAGUCUUUGACUAGUGGAGUGGAGGCCAAGAUGUCAUCGAAGAUGCCAAGCUCUAACAACAUAGCCCAAGCCAGGAGGACAGUACAACAGCUGAGGAUAGAGGCCAGUAUUGAGAGGAUAAAGGUAUCCAAAGCCUCUGCGGACCUCAUGCACUACUGUGGCGAACACGCCAAGUACGACCCUCUGCUCAUGGGCAUACCUGCCUCAGAGAACCCCUUCAAGGACAAAAAGCCCUGCACUAUAUUGUAGUGAAGCCUUUUUAUUUAUCUGUUUGCUUCUUAAUGUUGCCUGUAUUUUAUUUUUUGGGGAGAAUUGGGAUCUAAAACCACUACUCAUCCAUCAAUCUUGCCUUAAAGCCUGUAACAUUACCCUUUAAUGAAAAUGCUGUAUUUUAUCACUCAAUUUGAACUUGCCAUAGUUACAUAAUAACAUACAGUAAACAGUUAGAAUAUACACUACCAUUCAAAGGUUUGGGGUCACUUAGAAAUGGUCCAUUAAAAUAACAUCAAAUUGAUCUGAAAUACAGUGGAGACAUUGUUA